UCGUGUUUUAUAAUUAUAAAACACGAAAAUGCAUAAAAAUGCAUAUUCUCUUCUCUCUUGUACGCAUAGACCCUACUCUGCUCGCCCUCCUCUUCUCUUUCUUUUAUCUCCCUGAAAUUAUGGGCUUUGUUUUCUCUCUCUCUCUCUGUCUCUAAGACACAAACAACACACAGUCACACUUAAAAGCACUUCCUUUUUCUCACAAAUCUGAGAUGGGUUUUGUUAGAAAAAAUCGAAAAACAGUUUCUUUGACUCCAAAACCAGAGCUUUAAUCCGUGUUUCACGGCCAAAAGAGCAAGACUUUACUAUUCCUCUCUCCCUCACUUUCUUGAUGCUACUACUAAAACAAAUGGUGUUUCUAUCAAUCAACCACUCUCUUGUAUGUGUCUGGUUGAACAAGAACAAGAGUUGAUCCAAAAUAAAAAAAUGGCAUUAUGGUGCUGCAUGUCAGUUUUUCUGAUUCUUGGGUUUCUAUCAAAAUCUGAACUCGGUGAAGCUCAGCUAAGCGACGAAGCUGCAUUGUUAGCCAUCAAGAGAGAGCUCGGAGUUACAGGAUGGGGUAGUAACGGCACAGAGUAUUGUACUUGGGAUAGGCUCAAGUGUGGUGGUGUCAACAACUCCUCUGUUGAAAUGCUUGAUCUCUCAGGGCUUCAGCUUAGAGGUAACGUCACUUUAAUCUCCCACCUCAGAAGCUUAAAGCAUCUGGAUCUCUCUCGUAACAGCUUCAACGGACCAAUACCUGCAUCUCUCGGCAACUUGUCUGAUCUUGAGUUUCUUGAUCUGUCUCUGAACCGUUUCGCUGGUGGGAUUCCGGUUGAGUUUGGUAAGCUUAGAGGUCUUAGAUCACUCAACGUUUCAAACAACUUGCUCGUGGGAGAGAUGCCUGACGAGCUUAUGGCUCUAGAGAGGUUAGAGGAGUUUCAAGUCUCUGGAAACGGCUUAAACGGUUCUAUACCUCACUGGGUAGGGAACCUGAGUAGUCUCAAGGUGUUUACAGCUUAUGAGAAUGAGUUCUCAGGUGAGAUACCUAAAGGGUUAGGUCUUGUUUCUGAACUGGAGCUGUUGAAUCUCCACUCAAACCAGCUUGUUGGGAAGAUCCCAAAGGGGGUUUUUGAGAAAGGGAAGCUUAGAGUUUUGGUCUUGACACAGAAUAGACUGACCGGUGAGCUCCCUGAGGAGGUGGGAAACUGCAGCGGCCUCUCCAGCAUUAGAAUUGGUAACAACGAGCUCGUGGGAGUCAUUCCGAGGACGAUAGGAAACGUAAGUGGACUCACCUACUUUGAAGCAGACAGUAACAAUCUCUCAGGUGAGAUAGUUGCAGAGUUCUCAAAAUGUUCUAACCUCACUCUCCUGAACCUGGCAGCUAAUGGCUUCACCGGAACCAUUCCGACGGAGCUUGGUCAGCUCAUGAGCCUCCAAGAACUGAUCCUCUCUGGUAAUAGUCUCUUCGGAGACAUCCCUAAGUCGUUUCUUGGAUGUGGAAACCUCAACAAACUUGAUUUGAGUAACAACAGACUCAACGGCAGUAUCCCCAAGGAGCUCUGCAGCAUGCCGAGGCUUCAGUAUCUGCUCCUCGAUCAGAACUCAAUAAGAGGAGACAUACCGCAUGAGAUUGGAAACUGUCUGAAGCUGCUUGAGCUCCAGCUGGGUAGAAACUACUUGACUGGAACCAUUCCUCCUGAGAUUGGUCACAUGAGGAGCUUGCAGAUAGCACUCAACUUGAGUUUCAACCAUCUCCAUGGAUCACUCCCUGCAGAGUUAGGAAGGCUCGACAAGCUUGUGUCACUAGAUGUCUCGAACAAUUUGCUUACGGGAACCAUACCGCAGCUACUAAAAGGUAUGAUGAGUCUGUUCGAAGUUAACUUCUCAAACAACCUCUUGACCGGUCCGGUUCCAGUCUUUGUUCCCUUUCAAAAGUCUCCAAACUCGAGCUUCUCGGGGAACAAAGAGCUUUGCGGAGCGCCGUUGAGCUCUUCUUGUGGAUACUCUCAACAUCUGAGGUACGAUCACAGAGUCUCCUACAGAGUUGUGCUUGCAGUGAUUGGUUCAGGUGUUGCUGUCUUUGUUUCAGUCACCGUGGUGGUUAUUCUCUUCAUGAUGAGGGAGAAACAAGAGAAAGCGGCGGGCAAAAACGACGUCGAUGUUGACGAAAACGUCGAGGAUGAGCAGCAACCAGCGAUUAUAGCCGGAGAUGUCUUCCUUGAGAACCUUAGACAAGGGAUUGAUCUUGAUGCAGUCGUGAAAGAAACGAUGAAGGAGUCAAACAAACUCAGCACCGGAACGUUCAGUUCGGUUUAUAAAGCAGUCAUGCCUUCGGGGAUGAUUGUUUCGGUGAAGAAACUCAAAUCCAUGGAUAGAGCCAUAACUCAGCAUCAAAACAAGAUGAUCGGAGAACUCGAAAGACUCAGCAAACUAUGCCACGACCACUUGGUUACACCGAUCGGGUUUGUUAUAUACGAAGAUGUUGCUCUCUUGUUGCAUCAGCAUUUACCUAACGGUAACUUAGCUCAGCUGAUUCACGAGCACGCCAAGAAGCCAGAGUACCAACCUGACUGGCCAACGAGACUGUCGAUAGCCGUUGGAGUAGCACAAGGGUUAGCGUUUCUCCACCAUGUCGCCAUUAUUCACCUUGACGUUUCCUCUAGCAAUGUCUUGCUAGACUCUGGCUACAAACCUGUGCUUGGAGAAAUCGAAAUAUCGAAACUUAUAGAUCCUUCUCGAGGCACUGCGAGUAUAAGCUCAGUUGCUGGUUCCUUUGGCUACAUUCCUCCAGAGUAUGCAUACACAAUGCAAGUGACUGCACCGGGGAAUGUAUACAGCUACGGAGUUGUGUUGCUCGAGAUUCUAACCUCAAGAGCGCCUGUGGAGGAAGAGUUUGGUGAAGGAGUGGAUUUAGUGAAGUGGGUUCACGGAGCUUCAGCGAGAGGAGAAACACCUGAACAGAUACUUGACGCUAAGCUUAGCACUGUGUCCUUUGCUUGGAGGAGAGAGAUGCUUGCGGCACUGAAAGUUGCAUUGCUUUGCACAGAUAUCACACCUGCGAAAAGGCCAAAGAUGAAGAAAAUAGUUGAAAUGCUUCAAGAGGUUAAGCAAAAAUAAAUGAGAGAAUGCAUAUGAUUGAUGAUGUAGAGUUUCUUUUGUGACAUUCAUAUUACAAAAACGCAUUCCUAUACAUAGCGAGCUUCUCUCAUCUGUGUAUUGUAUAGAGUUAUUGGAUGAAACGCAAUCUUGGAUUGCUUAUUCUGUUUA